UUCCAAAACUUUUUCCCACCGUCCUUUCAGAGAACUCAAAAGUGUUCCUUUUUAUAUCCAUACUAGUCAAAAGAUUCACUAUUUGAGCAGCGAGAUGCAAGAUAGAGCGGCAAUGUUCUAUCGAAUGUUGGAGAAGGCAUUUCAUUCGUCGGCGCAGAGGGCAAAUAAACACCGCCUACGGUUUCCACCCCUCACACCCGUCGAUCUUCCUGACAUUUGGAUUCCACGCCACGACACAUCCAUCGCCAAAACAUGUUCCCCUCAUCUCAAGACUAACUCUAUUUGUCAGACAGCUAGAGUGCUUGAAGGAAAGCCAAUCGCAAACGAUAUAAACUCACGGAUAGCAGCUGAAAUAUGUGAAAUGAAGAAUACGAUUGGAAAGACUCCAGGUUUAGGUGUUAUCCUUGUGGGUGGAAGGAAGGAUUCUCAAUCAUUUGUCCAUAUUAAGAUGAAAGCUUGCAUGAAAGUUGGAAUAGCACCAUUCACGGUGGAACUUCCUGAGGAUUGCACUGAAGCUGAAUUAUUUGAUGCAGUUUCAAGUUUUAAUGAGAAUCCAUUAAUACAUGGUGUAGUUGUGCAGCUUCCUCUACCAAAACACUUGGAUGAAGAAAAGAUUAUAAGCUAUGUGAGUCCGGAGAAAGAUGUGGAUGGCUUUCAUCCCACCAAUGUUGGUAAUCUUGCCAUGCGCGGAAGGGAGCCCUCGUUCAUCCCUUGUGCUUCAAAGAGCUGCAUUGAGUUACUGCUCAGGAAUGAUGUGGAAAUCAAAGGUAAAAAUGUAGUGGUAGUCGGGAGGAGCAAGCUUGGGGGGUUGCCCACUUCCUUGCUAAUGCAGAGGCACCAUGCAACAGUCACUACUGUGCACGCAUUCACCGGGAACCCAGAGCAAGUAACCUGCGGGGCUGACAUUUUGGUUUCAGAUAUUGGAGUUCCAAACAUGAUUCGAGGGCACUGGCUGAAACCAGGGGUUAUUGUUGUUGAUAUGGGUGCAAAUUCAGUUGAGGAUACUGGCAGUUUGCGGGGCCAUCGUCUGAUUGGAGAUGUUUGCUAUGAGGAAGCGAUAGUGAAGGCCUCAGCUAUUACCCCUGUUCCUGGAGGUGUUGGACCCAUUACAAUCUCUAUGCUCCUCUCCAACACUGUUGAUGCUGCUAAGCGUACUUACAGGAACACCUGAUAAUUGGUUGCCUUUGAUUUAAUCUACCAACAUUGAGGACACCUACAUUGUUGUUCAGCAGGGAGACUCAUAAGGUUAUGGUUAAUCACAACAUCCUCAGAUCCAAGUUUAUUCUCUUCCAACUCAGAAAAUCAACUUAUCUGAGUGGUUAGCUGUGUCGGAAGCUAUCCGGAAAGAGGGAUGAAAUUCAUAUUAAUAUGUGCUUCAUGUGCAAGAGUCCGGGGAAGAUGUGAACCACUUACUAGUUCAUUUCAGGCAGUGCAUCUGUUUUGGAGUCUAGAACCUGUUUGAAGCUAAAUAGGCAAUGCCGAACACUGGCAAAAACUUGCUCUAUGCAUUCAGAAGGAAAAGGAGAAGAGGAUGACCAUGGGAAGUGGUUGUUUUGACACUCGUCUGAACAAUUAGGGAAGAAAUAAAUGGAGGAGAUUUUGAAGGAGUUUUCACUCCUUUGCACAUAUUUGAAUCAUUCAUAUUUUUUAUAAAUUGUUAGAGCAGUUAAUAGAAUCCUGAUUAGAAUAGACGAUAGAGUACAUCUUAUUAAAAAAUCAUAUUGUGUAUUUGUACAUCGCUUUUAUACGAGUUUCUCCCUUGACUUCAAUGACUGUUACGCUAUCCACAAAAAAAAAAGAGAGAAAAAACUCAGGAGAACUCAACUGCUGAUUGUGGCAGAUUCAAAUAAUAUGGAAUAUGCAUGUUUACAAUGACAAUGAACCUACUUUAUCUUUCUAACGCAGCUGGAUGAUCAUUACUGGUCCUUCAAAGUGAAGAAAAGUCCUGCUAAUCUUCGACUUUACUGACGGGAGAUGGGGAAGAUUGUUGCUUGGCAAUGAUGAAGAUCUUCGACUCUACACCUGUGGUAAUAAACUCAGCUCAAUGGACUCGAAUGUGGAUUGGCAAUAGGUCGGCACGAAGUGAUGAUUUAUCACGCUCUAACAUAAAUCAUGCUCUAACAUGAGCCGAUCAGUCAUUAGCGACGGUUUAUAGAUCAUCAAAUUUUCACAAAUGGAUUGAAAGGUGGGUUCAUUUAAAUGAUCAAGACCUUGCAAACAACAACGCUCCUUCCCUAUAUGGAGUUUGGAACCCAAGGCAAUCGUUGAGUGAACUGUAUCUUUUUGUGUUGUUUUAUAGUGACUUAUUAACUACGUGCAAUCCUUGAGAUUUUUUGUACAACUCUCUCAAUUAUUGAUGCUUGUACAACUCAAUAUCCUUUGGUUUGCACACUGGGAUUUAGAAAAGCCUACGGCUAACCAGAAUCUUGUGAAAGGAAAUUUUGACAAUAUAC